UGCGGCUGGAAUCCCUACUGAUGCAGAGGGCAUGGAAGAGAGAUUCGGAGCGUGCAGGUUUAUUUCUCGCCGCAGAACUAUCGGUCUUGCCUGCUGUGGUUUGCAAACAAAUUGCAAAAUACCUGCUUUGUGGUUUUUGGAGUGCUGCGCUUGAGGAGCGUGUAAUCGCUGCGCCGGCAUGGCAGCAGGGGAAGUUUCGCAGCAGGGCAACCUGUUGGGAACCUGUUGGGAAGGGAUCGACCAAUGUGGUUUACCAAGCCCACCAUGUCAGCAGGAGUAAGCGAGGACAAGUUGUCGGUACCAGGGGUGGAUUUCGAGGCUGCACGGUUUGGCUAACAGGCCUUUCUGGAGCUGGCAAGACAACCAUUGGUUUUGCUCUGGAAGAGUACUUGGUCUCUCAUGGCAUCCCUUGCUAUUCCCUGGAUGGUGAUAAUGUUCGGCAUGGCUUGAAUAAAAACCUGGGUUUCUCUGCUGGGGACCGUGAGGAGAACAUCCGCCGCAUCGCAGAGGUGGCCAGGCUGUUUGCUGAUGCUGGGCUUGUCUGCAUCACUAGUUUCAUUUCUCCUUUCACAAAGGAUCGUCAAAAUGCACGGAAAAUUCAUGAGGCAGCUGGACUUCCUUUCUUUGAAAUCUUUGUAGAUGCUCCUCUAAAUAUUUGUGAAAGCAGAGAUGUGAAGGGCCUGUACAAAAAGGCAAGAGCUGGAGAGAUCAAAGGAUUCACGGGGAUUGACUCAGAGUAUGAGAAGCCCAAAUCUCCUGAACUAGUGUUGAAAACGAACAUUGCGUCGGUGUCUGAAUGUAUCCAGCAGGUUGUGGAGCUCCUCCAAGCACAAAACAUUGUGCCUCGUGGCUCAGUUAAGGACGUUCUUGAGCUGUUUGUACCUGAAAAUAAACUCCAGAGUGCCCGAGCUGAAGCAGAGACGCUGCCAUCCAUAGAGAUCACUAAGCUGGAUCUGCAGUGGGUGCAGGUGCUGAGCGAAGGCUGGGCCACUCCGCUGACCGGCUUCAUGCGCGAGGCGGAGUACUUGCACGUGAUCCAUUUUGGCACCCUGCUGAAUGACGGCUUUGUCAACCUGAGCAUCCCCAUCGUGCUGCCCAUCUCCACGGAGGACAAGGAGCGGCUGGAGGGCUGCCAGGCACUGGCGCUCAGCUACGGCGGGCGGCGGGUGGCCAUCCUGAAGAGCCCCGAGUACUUCGAGCACAGGAAGGAGGAGCGCUGCGCCCGCACCUGGGGCACCACCUGCGCGAAGCACCCCCACGUCAAAAUGGUGAUGGAGAGCGGAGACUGGCUGGUUGGCGGAGACCUCCUCGUGCUGGAGAGGAUCAAAUGGAACGACGGGCUGGACCAGUACCGCCUGACACCACUUGCUCUCAAGCAGAAGUUCAGAGAAAUGAACGCUGAUGCUGUCUUUGCAUUUCAGCUGCGCAACCCCGUGCACAACGGGCACGCCCUGCUCAUGCAGGACACGCGGCGCCAGCUUUUAGAGAGAGGUUACAAAAACCCUGUGCUUCUCCUGCACCCUCUGGGAGGAUGGACCAAAGAUGACGAUGUCCCACUGGAGUGGCGGAUGAAACAGCAUGCAGCGGUGCUGGAGGAGCAAGUCCUGGACCCCAAGUCAACCAUCGUUGCCAUUUUCCCCUCUCCCAUGCUCUACGCUGGGCCCACAGAGGUGCAGUGGCACUGCCGAGCUCGCAUGAUUGCCGGGGCCAAUUUCUACAUCGUGGGGCGCGACCCUGCGGGCAUGCCGCACCCUGAGACCAAGAAGGACCUCUACGAGCCCACACAGGGAGGGAAGGUCCUCAGCAUGGCACCGGGCCUGACCUCGGUGGAGAUCAUCCCCUUCCGGGUGGCUGCUUACAAUAAACUGAAAAAGGCCAUGGAUUUUUAUGACCCUAAAAGGCACGAUGAUUUCGACUUCAUCUCAGGAACGCGUAUGAGGAAGCUUGCUCGUGAAGGUGAAAACCCACCAGACGGCUUCAUGGCCCCCAAAGCCUGGAAAGUCCUAACCGACUACUACCAGUCCCUGGAAAAAAAGAAUUAACGCUACUCCUCCUCCCUAGAAAUAGUUGUAUUAAGAGUGAGCAAUGAUUAAUUGAUUCCCUAUGACACAGAUCAGUUACUUGGCAUUUCCAGUGCUUUGACUGUAGGACCGCCUCGGUCAGGGUGUUUUUUACUAAUCAGAAAUACUUUGAGCCUGGUCCUUCUCCCCUUGAAGCUGCCGGGAGCGUCCCCGUGGAGCUGGGAAGGCAGCAGCCCCUUCGCUCCUGGCCCAGCGCAGCCUCUGGAUGGGCCAGAUGGAUCAUUUUGGUGCUGCCAGGGCUGGGACCUCGGCACCGGGAUAAAAAUGGGGUAAAAAUGAAGAAGUGCCUUUCCGCUGCCCCUCGCCCAGCACUGCCCGGAGAGGCAGGAGCAGCCGCUGAAGCCAGGAGGGGUUGCUGCUGCUGGGGUGGGAGAGGAAUACCGGGCACCCUAUCCGAUCCAGUCGCUGCCUUCCAGGUUGUGCCUUAGACGAUUUUUUGCUAACAAACAGCAGGAUUUUUUUAAUGCCCUUUUUUAAAAAGGAUUUUUUUUUUUUUUUUCUAAUCAACCUUGCCCAUCACCAGUUCCUUGCGGCUGAGGCGACUGCUCACUGUUCUUGCUUGCUUCCUCCUGCUCGAUCCCUCCGGUCAAAACAAAACCUGGGCUGAGCGUCACCGGUGCUCCCAGUUCAGCUUUCCAUGGGGACUCUGCUGCCACGAUCCCUGCGCUCACAGCCGGGUGGGCCCAUGGCAGGGCAGGAAGCUGUCCUGGGAGACACUGCAAAGCCCGGGAAAGGCUUUUUCUCCGAGAAAGCUCGGGGCAGCAAGCAAAAACUGGGCAUGCUGCUUCCGUGCUUUCAUGGGUAUCCUCCCACCUGGCAGGAUCAGAUCCCCCUUUUCCUCUGCCCACGCUCUUCCCAGCCAAAAGGCGAAUUAAAGACAAACCAGCAAAAUCGCAGCGUGAGGUGGGUCUGAGCAGCUGUACCCGGGAAAUCAGGCGAGAGGUGGCUCAAGCACGUGCCCUCAUCUGUACCCGUAGCCCUGCGUAGCUACAGGGGACCUGAUUUUCCGUUGUAUCUGGUGUCUUUGCAUCUGAUUUUACUCUGUAGCUGCGGGAUGGCGAUGCUGGACCUGGCUGGCGGAUGGCAGAGAAGCCCUUGGGUGCCCCCAGCCAUGUUGGGGGUGCCAUUGUGCGAGGGGUGAUGGGGCCGAGCCGAGGGCCGGUGGCUGCUGCUGCUCCUGCCUCUGGCUGGUGGAAAGUUACCGCAGACCUUAUCUUCUUUUUUCCAACCCCCCAACAUGGACUUUGCCGCUGUGCGUGAGGCUUUUCCGCUGACUGGCAGCUCCUGCGGUGACCUCGGCUGGGGCUGAGCAGCGUGACUCGAUGCCGGCGCUUUACCUGGCCCGUCUGCGUCUCGCCCCGAGCGCGUCCUGCUGGCACCGGUGCGUGUCUCGGUGGUGGCUGAGGUUUGAGCACGACGCCCUGCGCGGCGGGGGCCCCCUCGGCAUCCUGCCUGCAGCCAGCGGAGGCUUUCCCAGGGAAAGGGGCUGAUCCCGCAGCCCCGCUGUGCCGGCAGCCAGGAGCCACACUCAGGCGUGAGGGUUUUUUUUGGGGGGGGGGGGGGGAGAAACAACUCUGCACUUGUCAGUUAUUGCAGCGGCCAGACUUGAUGGUGUUUGUACUCGUCCUUUUUAGUAGACGCCCCAGGACCAGUCAGAAUGUGUUUCAAAUGAAAUGGAAAUCGCGUUCUACUCUUCUUCUGCUUCAGUUUUAAUUACAAACGGAUCUGCGCUCAGUAAAAACAAUCGCGCUUCGGCUUGUAACUUGUAGAGCUACAUCACACGCUACAACCGCGUCUGCUGUGGCCGUGGUGUAGGGUCCGAGGCUACGGAUGCCAUUGGGAAUACUCUUGGGAAAAGUUUUUUUUCUUUCAUUUGUCAACUGGUUUUUUUUUGGUUGGUUUUUUUUUUUUUGUAAUUUCUUUUUAAGUAUUUGGAGAAAAAAAAAGCCCAAAGCUGUGUUAUACCUCCAGAAAAAUGCUGCAAUGCCCAUGGCAGAAGCAGAAAGCAGACUCGCACCCGUGCCUUUUACCCUGGGGCCCUCUGGCAGGGACCUGGAAGAGAAGAGCAAUACUGCCAUUUCUGAUUGCAAUAUUUGUCAUUUUUUAAGUAGGGAAAUAGUGCUGUUGCCACUCAUCUUUCUUAGCAUAAUCGAAUGGUUAACCCCCGCCCUUCCCCCCCCGCAGUAAAUCCAAAUGGUUACAGCAAAACACAAAUGUUGUAUUAUCCUUUUAAAAUAGCGUAGUGUACUGAUUACCUCUGAUUAAAAUAGAGUAUGUGAACUAGGUUUGGUUUUUAUAGUGUAUUUAUUAAAGACAUGAGACUGGAAUUUGUACCUCAACUGAUGCAUCUCAUGAUUGAAUAUAUUCUGAACUUGAUACUCUGCUACGAAACACUCACUUUUAGUACAAAUAAAUAUUUAUAUGUGCAACUGAUUCUCACUUUGCAAUUUUUUUG